AGCUAAACUCAGCGCCGGUGUGGAGCGGGACGCGCUGCCUGUCUCCGGCAAGCUGUCGUCGCCCCAACAGCAACGGGACGGGCGAGGCAGCGGCCGAAGCAGUCACCACGCGUGCUGCGAGCGCUAGGCGUGCUUAAGGGCUGCCCCAGCAAGUGGGCAGCACCAAGCAAGCAACCAUGGCGCGCCGCGUGACCCGCGACCGCGUGCCCGAACGGAAGGAGAUUAUCCUGUGGACGCACGCCGACAAGACCAGGCAUGCCCCUCCCGGUAUUAUACCGCCCGGUACCGAGUUCGCGCAGAUGAGGCCCAAGAAAUUACGCCCGAACUUCUCCGGCAAGCAGGGCGCGCCGACGACCCAGGACCUGCAGAACAUCGACCAGUUCCUAGCGUCGCUCGAAGCGCGGACGAACGAAUUAUUACAGCCAAGGGAACCGUCGCCCAUAAAAAAGAAGACGCAGAAGAGGACGAAGCGCGGCCUACUGGUCGAGAAGCCAUUUCUCAAUGACCGCCAGCACCGGGAGCUCAGCGGCACGGGCCUCUUCCCCAUCGACGACGAGGCGGAAGCGCGCAAGGAGUCUCAAUCGGUAGAAACGUUCCUGAGGAGGUACAAGUACCAAAGGAAGCUUAGUAUGCGAUGCGUCAAGAUCCAGGCGUUUAUCAGAAUGCGGCCGCGACGAAGAGCGUUUGCGAAGCGAUGGGCUCGUCGAAACGCGAAAAGGCUCCACCACUUACUAGGGUGGAGAGCGGUGACGCAAGGGGCCAAGUUCUUCGCGCAUUGCCACAUGAGAAGGCAUUUGAGAGCUUGGAGAUUGCAGACGGAGGACCAGAAGCAGCAGGCCAUUGUCACGUGGGCGAUGUUCAAGCAGCGGCUGGGCAAGGAGAAUUUGACGGUCUGUGCCGUGAACCUCUUCUUUGAAUCCAGUGAAAUGCCGCCGCCUCCCUCACCAACAAUCAAGGCGGUGACGGUCGGUAUUCAACGGAAGAUUUUCGGCGUGAUCUGGCGGGGCUGGCGCAAGUAUCUCUCGGACCAGAAGCGGGCGGAACUCGAAGUUUCUACGGUAUUACAGCGAUGCUUGAGGAGGAUGGGCCAAUUCGGGCGCGUGGUCGUCGAGAUGGUUCAUUUGACCUUCCACAUGUGGGCGCGUCUCGCGAAGUUCAAAAAAGCCGUGCGAGCGCAAAACAACCCGCCUAGAUUUGGCAAGCCGCAGCUGCCGGAGUGGGACGCGUACGUUACAUUAUUCACGGGUCGACGAGUUAGGGCGAGGAAAGCGGAGAAGGUCGGGAAAGUAGCGAUGAAGCGGAGGUACCAUCGAGCCUGGCGUUGGGUUAUUUUUAAUCGUAAAAGGUUGGAGGAUGCCGUCGUCAAGGCUCGCGCGCGGUUGCUGGAAGCGCAAGUGGUCAAUAUCCUGCGGACCUGGAACGCCCACUGUCGUCAAAGAGGUCGUACUAUGAGACGAGGCGCGGUCUACUUUGCAGCGUGGGCGCGCUGGGCCCCUCGGAAAAGGCGAUUACGUAAGACCAAAGUGCGAGUUAAAGAUAAAGUAAACGAGUGGGCCUGUGCCAACGGGAUUGGAACGUGGGUGCGCAAGGUCCACGACGCUCGGGUUUUAUAUGCUUUUCAGCUCGCUCGCGGAUUGACCUUGCAACCGUCGCCGCAGUAUGAGAGGACUGUACCUUCUACUAUACGAGUAUGCAAGGAAGAUAAAGAACCAGAACCAUAUGAAUUCGAUGCAAGUGAUGCGGAUGCCGUGGCUCGCCGAAGGCAUUUGUCGGCGUACAGCGCCGGCUUGUUACUGCUUGGUAGGGGGCCUUUAUGGUAUACCGUGAAAUGUUUUACUGAAUGGAGGCGAGUAAUAAAAGCUACAGUACGGUGGCGGCGCCAACGAUAUUUAUAUUUACAUAGCAUGGCCAAGCAAUUGCAACGGACCGUGUUGUUAGCGUGGCAGGGCGUGGCCAAAGGGGCUGCGGUACCUUGCUUAUUACCGAAUGGUUCGCGCUUGUCGCUAGAUCCUCUAAAACCCCUGGACCGCUUCGCGGAUACGUGUCACAAGGUCUUCGUCGAGAACUGCCAAGCGGAACUAUUAGUUGAGGAUCGGGCCAUGGCUUUAUCUUUCGGGGGAGGAGGCAUCGACGACUGCCACGAGUGCCCCGUCGAAGGUAUUGAUGAUGACGACUUCUUCAUCGAGGAUCUGGAGCGACGGCGGCGCGCGUUAGCGGAGCACGGCGACGUCGUGCAGUCGGAGAAGCUAAGGACGGCCGCUGAUGAAGGUGAGUUAGACGCCGUGAAAAACGCUCUACGAAGCGGCGCUUCUGUCGACAGUCGCGACGAGCUCGGGAGGACGGCGCUGCACCUCGCUUCUUCGCAUUUAGCUUCCAGAUACGUGGAUGUGGUAGCAACUUUGCUCCACUGCGGCGCCGACGCCGGCGCCUUAGACGACAACAAGAAGAUCCCCAUCGACGCGGCCACGAACCCGCAUAUCGCGAAACUACUCGUGGCCCAUCGCUCUCGACUACAGUCCAGGGCUUAUACGCGAAAAGAGCGACGGCAGUAUCUUGAAUUGAGAAUACAAGAACUGGAGCGAAGUGUGUCGUUCUGGUGCCUCUGGAAGUGCUGCAUCUAUCGGGGUUUAGGUUUACUAGCGGGCCGCCUGGAGCAGCAACUCGACCGCUCACCAGCAACACCCAAAGUAGGGGAAGCCCAACCCGGCGAGAGGGAGUGCGCCGCGUCGGCAAGGCGCUCAAUACAAUUGGAAAGGGCCUGGGUCUUCGGGACCGGAGCGACCUCGCAAGGCCUGGCGAAAGCGCUCGCGGUCAAGCAGAACAUGGACGUUUCGAAAGAUGCGGACUGUCCCGCUUUACUGAAGAGAUUCGUGCGGGUCCUGAAAGCGAGACGCAUGCUCGAGGGGCAGCAGCGGCAGCCUACUUGUGAUGCCGAAGCACCGUUCCUGACCGGCGACUACACGCUCGAGUUCCAACGGGCCAAGCGGAAGUUCCUCGAGGCCGAAGAGGCCGCGCGCAUCGCGCGCCUGCCGGUGAACCAGAAGGCCGCUUCCGUGAAAGUGGAGGAGGAGGAGGAACCGAUAAGACCGCGGACCGCGUCCGGCGACCGACGGCGCGAUUUAAAACUUGCUCUAGAUGUCGCUGCUCGUAGAGAUGAUUUGCGGUACGCGGCGCCGCCGCCUCCAGAACAAGAUGGGACGGAUGCGUACGAGGCGAACCAUAGAGCUGCUUUGUGGCUGGGCGAGUGGAAGCGGCGGAGCGCGGACGAGAAGAAACGGAGUGGGACGUUCCGCGGGGCACCUACUCUAGCAGCGGUGACGGGCUUGCUCGAAAAAGAAGCGAGGAGACGCGUGAUGGCUCUAAGAUCGCAAUUCCAGCGCGACGACGACCGCCUGACAAGGGCUCUGGUUCUAGAUACGCACGCGGCGUACGCCAACUUGAUGGAAACACGAGAUGAGUUACGAGCGUCGCAGGAGCAAAAAGCCUGGGAGACCAAACCCCUCGCCACGCGCGAGGCCUUGAAUCCGGCAUUGAGCCCCACGAAGCCGUCUCAGGAACCGAGGAAGCUGCCUGAACAAGUCGCACUGUGGACCACUAAUGGGAAUCCUGAUGCAUUAGCUGCUUCAUUAAGAGACGAUUUUAUCGUCAUACAUGAAAAGCCGCCCGUCGCCGAGUUCCUGGGCGUGCCCGUCUGCACCGUGGCACCUAGAAGUUCUUGUACGGCCUUCCCCGAUACGAUGUUCCACCACACGGACGGCAAUUAUGAGUUGGAAGCGGUCGUCCAGGAGUGCCGGCCCGACUACGGUGAUAGUGAGAGUGACGAGGAGGAGAUCGUGUUACCUAGAGUUCGAGGGUCGCCCUACAAGAAACCUAAGAGAAGGAAGAAGAAGAAAUUGGAUAGUGAUUCUGAGUUGUCGCCGCACCCGCUCGACCCGUCUAGAGAGCGGGACCUAUCGAUUGUACCGAGACCGUGGUUCGACGAGUUCCGGUUAAGGUCGUUACUCGCCGGAGAAAAACGAACGCUGGAACAGCAUCGAAGAAGGGCGCAGCGCGACGUGCUCGCGAGACGAGAGCGACUACGCGUCGCGGGCGAGUCGGCCUACACCCUCGACGAAGCGUUGAGUGCGGUCGCCACGAACCUGAAAGCGCUCGGCAGAACAGAUAUCAACACCAUGUUUGCCGAAUACUAUCCGACCGUGCUCGCGAAGAAGAAGGGGGCUUUCCGGCGAGCGUCGGUGGCCUUGGAUGAGUUGCUGAAUCCUCCUGUGGAAGAAGAGCCGCCGUCGCCGCCCAAGGAGGAGCCUUCGAAGAAGGGUCGGCGUGCUGCCAAGCCUCCUCCUGUUGUUGUCCCAGUGAAAAAGAAAAAGAAGAAGAAGCGCAUCAAUUUUAGAGAUGACGCCUCGGCGGACACGGUGGCGACGCACGAGCCGUGCACGCCCCAGGAAGUGCACGAGCGGGAAGUCCGUCGCGCGACGAGACGCCGCGAUUCUUGUAAAGUUAAGCUCGAUGAAUUACAAGCGAGGCACGAGGCGCUUCGCCAGCAACUGCGUUCAGCGACGCAAGACCAACUCCAAGUCCUCAAGUCGCUGGAGGAGCGGCGGAAGGGCGUCGACCAGGAAAGGCUCAAAGUGGAAGACGAGUAUAGGAGAGAUGCAAGACGCCUGCAAGUCAUCACGAAGGAGUUGCGCGAGGUCAAGUCGAAGAUGCGGAGCCACGACCGUCCUUCAGUGGAUGAACGAGCCAUCAAGAUGGGCAUGCUGGUCGACGGCGAAGAUGACAUACUCCCAUCGUUCGCGAGCGACUCGCUGGCGUCGCCCGACGCGCUGUCGCGGAGUUCAGAGUGGCACAAGCACGGCGCGCGCACGGGCGAGGUGACGGACGCGCCUGGCCUGAAGCGCGGCUCCUUCUCGAGCCUCGAGGAUGCCCACGAGUCUGGCGAGGACGAGGAGUCGGUCUCGGAAAGUUCUGAUGAGGAGAACGUGCUCGCCCAACUCGAACGAUUAAGAGCGGACCGCGAGGACGCCCGGGCCGCCGUCGAGCACGCGCUCGAAGCGGAACGGGCUCGACUACGCGCUGCGGCCGAGGCCAAUUCGGGACCGGUCGAGCUCGAGCAGAAGUACGAGGAGGCGCUGCAGCUCCUAUUUGUGGAAGAAAGGAUAGCGCGAGCACAGAGAGAACGGGAGGAGGCGGAAGCAAGAGCUUCCUUUGGCGUGGAGGCCGGAGCUACCACCUUGUCAGAUGCGGUGGGACCGGCGCCGGCGCCGUCGGACGAAGAUCAAUCGGGUCCUAUUGACGGCCCUCUCAGAAUGUACUGGCGCAAGAUCAAUAAAGGUUUAAGGAAGCGCAACCUCGCGGGCACCAUUGGACAUAACCAAUACAGGGAGGAGUCCGACGAAGAAAAGCCACUGGAAGAUGAUCGCGUGGCCGUCGCGGCCAUGGAGCGCACGGCCUUUCGGUUUGCGUAUGGGAAUCUGGGUAGCAUUGAUGGGGAGCUACUGGACAAAGUGCACGAGGCGGCCGUCGCAGACGCGAAGGAGGCCGGGAAACCGGCGCCGCCGCACCCCAAGUUAAUAGAGCACUUGCAACGGGACCGUUCACAAGUGAACGACGCGACCAUGGCCAUGUGGCAGACUUCUGAAGUCACUCCAUUCUUAUCGAAGGCCGCCGAGGACCCUGAGCACGCGGAAGCACAUCUCGCAGCAGCAGCAGAAGUAGCUCGCGUUGCGGCUCGCGAGAAGAUGGUCGUGUUGGAUCGACAGAUCGGCAACUCCGUGUCCAUUAAUGAUGAGCAGGCUUCCAUGAAGAGGUUUGAUGAAGCCGACCCCAUUCGAGCCAUGAGGCGCCGGGCUUCAGCUGAUGCCGAGACGCUACGACUGAAGGCUUAUGAUCCAUUCUUAUGGCUGGAGGACCAGAAAGCUAAACUACGGGAGGAGCGGCUGAGGAAGGCCGGCCACCGGUCGAACGCGAAUUUGGACGAAGAAUUGGAAAGACAGAAGAAGAUCGCCCAAGAGGACGAAAGGAAGCGCGAACUCCAAACGAAGGUCGUCCACGCCUUCCAGUGGCGGCCGCCGCCGCCGGCACCGGCGGAAGCGCCCGCGCCGGCCGAGGCGCCGGCGCCUCCCCCACGCAUCAAGAUGUCUCAUUUGAUGAUGUUGCGGGCGUUGCAUAGGGUAGCUUUAGGUGGCCACAAGGAGCACGAGAUGGUCGCGCGGGACUUCAGCCAGUGGGGCUUCUUCGUGCGGUCGUUCGUCGUGGCCCGGCGGAAGCUCAAUAUUGCCCGGUUCUUGUCCAAGGCCGUGGACAACUGCAAUUUACCUCCGGACGAGCAUGCGCUCAUCAAGAACUCAUUAAGAGAUCUUACACAACAGAGGGCGCCUUUGCCAAAAUCGGCCAACGACCCGGCAAAACCCAAGCAGUGGGAAGUCACCUAUGCCUGGACGAAGACGAGACUGGGCGCCUGGGGGUCGCAUCUGUCGAACUCUGGUACCAGUCCGGAAAUCCACGACUACUACCGCCAGGGCGUACCUAGGGUGGUGGAGGCGCCGCCGCCGGCCGAGGCGCCCGUCGUCGUUGAAGCGGAGCCGGAACCCGAACCGGAGCCCGUUGUAGAAUCAGUUGAAGUGAUUCCGGGCAUCACGCCGGGCGUCGUCUACCACGGCUCGCGCCUGAAGAUUGAGCCCUUCGCGCCCACGAUGCACGUGAAACCAAGACGGGACUCGCGGACGAACGCGCGGCGCGCGUUCCUGGCCGUCGAGGGCGCGCGGGCGGCCGACGCCGUCGUUGCGACCCACGCGUAUUUGGCUGCGGUGCGAGAGGAGGAAGAACGGGUCCAGAUGGCUGCCGAAGAGGAGUCUUCAAGGCCGGCGACGGCUCAAGUGGAAGAGGCUCAGGCGCCGUCGCCCUACGACCCCGCCAAGCAUCCCAUCUCCGAGGUCUAUGGGAACCGCCCGCCGACGACCGAACAACUGGAGAAAGAAAGGCUGUCCUUCCUCGAGGAGGUCGCGCGAUUGCGAGGCGAGCAAUGGCCCCCGGAGGACCUAGCCACGGAGCCGAAGAACGAGGACGACAAGGGCCCGAACGUGCACUGCGACGACUGCGACAAGGACGCCGGUUAUUAUGAAUUGUUGAUUGCGGCGGCGGAGCGGCGCAAGACGAUGCUCGCCGCGUCGUUUCGACGGCCGGCGACCGAGGCCGGGCAUCGGUUAUGGUGGCGCAACGGGAGUCCCUCCCUGGCGACGGAGCAUCAUGCAUAUACGAGGGAGCGCGCGCGGACGGCGGGCACGCCCUAUAGAGCCGCGGCCGACCAGUUAUUACUAGAAAAGAAAUUUGGCCUCGAGCAUGAUGGGGAUGAGGUAUUGGAGGACGGCGUCGCCGGUUCGAGGGCGCCGUCUCGAUCGUCGCGGACGGUGCGGCCUACUUCCAGUAUAGAUUCGCUGCCGGACAUCCUACCGGGCGUGAAUCUGCGCCGGUCCGAGGACGGGCUCGGUUACGAGUACGACGUUGAAGCCGCGCCGGUCCCCGCAUUUGAAGAAGAGGCACCCGUGGUGGAAGAUCUCAUCAUGGAGACGCCGCGGACGCGGGCGGCGCGCGAGGCGCACGAGGAAAGAUUAAGAAGAGGCGACGACGGGUCGGUCAUGGAGAUGAACGGUCUGGCGAAGCGACCCGUCCCGCAGGGCGCGCCCGCUCUUGUAGCGCGCGAGGCCGUGCUCCAGGGCACGCGGCCGCCCUCGCGAGACGCGUUACGAAGAAGGGCUGCAUUUUUGGCGAGGCAAGAAGUGCUGGGCGUGCACCGGCACGACCUGGGGCCCCUGGAAGCCGCUCUAUCGAAUGAUGCCGUGGACGCUCUCAAUGAAUUACCGGAGGACCAGCGCGACCGCGCCUGGGCGGCGGCGCUCGGCGCGACGGACCCGGAAGAUGCCGAAGCCUACGCCGAGCUCGAGCUCUGCGAGCGCCAGGCGGCGGAGAAGCGGCCGUUGCCGCCGGUCAUAGAACCGGAGCCCUGGCGGCCGGACCCGAAGUGGGGCAUGAACACGGGGCCGCCGGCCACGGACGCGGCCCAUGCGUUCCGCUCAUCUAAAAACCGGCCCGCCUCGCUGACAGUGGGCAAGCCGUCGCCGCGCGGCGCGCCGCCGCCGUCGCCCGUGCGGCGUCUCAAAGUCGUGGAUCCGGUGGAGGAGCGCGCCGCGUCGCCGUUGUCAAGACCCCUGACGGCGCGCGACGACUUUCCGGUGGAAACGGAAGAUGAAAGGAACCAGCGCAUCGAGAGUGAACUCGCCGCGCAGCUCGGUCAAUUGGUGGGCGCGUUGCAGCGCGAAGACGCCGAGGCCGAGGCGCGGGAGCAUCAUGAGAGGGAGCAGAGCUUUCUGCCGCCCAUCUUACCAGAAAAGAAGGUCGAGGUCGUCCCGUACAAAGAACUACUAACCCCGGUCAAUGAAGCCGCGGCGCGGGCCGCUCUGGAUGGAAGCGAUACGUUUGAAUAUAGACCCUACCCCGUGAACUGGAGCAAUUUGAGAGCAAAGACGCGGACGCGGUCCCGAAUUUCUGAGGAUAGUAGAGCUCUCACCGCUCAAAGCAGCCGGUCCGAGGCGAACGCUUCGUUAGUAUCCAACCGCAUCGAGCGGGAAAAGCGGGAAAAGCUGCGCAUGCAGCGGCAGCGUCAAGAAAGAUUACGCAAGUCGCGCGCUCGCGCCGCGGCGGCGAAGGAGCGCCGGCGGAAGCGCGAGGGCACCUGGGACCCGUUGUUCGCGGACGCGCCCGCGCCGCUGCCGGCACGCGCGCCGCUCUUCGAUGAUGUUGAAGGCGCGCCGGCGCCCGCGAAACCCGGGACGGCCUCGACGAUCGUGUCGUCGUGGGACGACACGACGGCCGAGUAUUCGGACAUCGAGAGCCUCGCGACGGUGUCGCAGUCCGCGCGCGCGUCGCGGAGUUCGUUCGGGUCGUUUGCGGAUUGGGCAGUGGUGCGAGAGGAGCAGGAGCUCGACUUUGCGCCGGCGCCGGCGCCCCCCUCUUCUUCCCAGGAGGCAUUCAGCCCGGCGACGCUCACGAGUCCGAUGACCCUUCUCGGGUCCCAGGGUGCAUCUGAGGCCGUUGCGAGCCUCGCGACGCCCUCGACUGAGGCGGUGCCGGCGCCUGCGGCCCUGGCCUCGCCGGCGACCCUCGACUCCGCGUCGUACGUGGCGCCUUCGGCAGUUCUGCCCGGCUCCCGGCCGGCGCCCGCGCCCGCGCCCGAGGCGCCGGCCCCGGCCGAACAAGGGGUCGAGGAGAGCAAGGCCGAGGAGCCGCCGCCGCCGCGCGUCGACACGCUUGCCCCUCUGCGGGACGAGGCGUCGUCGCGGUCCAACUCGACGGCCGCGACGCCUUCCUCCAGACUCAAGCGCGUCGCGUCGACCGCCAAGGUGUUGUCCAGAGCCGAGCGCAAGGCGGCCGAGAAGGAGGCCAAAGCUCGGGAGAAGGAGGAGCGCGAGAAGCUCAAGGAGCGCACGCGGCAGCCCGUCGUGACCGUGCGGCCCAAGGAAUUAAGGGGUGCUUUGGACUCCGUGACGACCGCCCCUAAAAUGCCGAAGGCGCUGUCCAGAGAAGAGAAGGCGGCCAUGCGCCGAACGCGGCGGGCCCUGGGCGAGGAGGAGGACGAGGAGGAGCGGGAAUAUGGUAUUAUGGACCUGGGGGCGAUCAACAAGCGCCUCGCCGUGGAAUCGUCCAAGAUCCAGCACCUGCGGCGGUUCACGGCGGAGUGGGAGGGCGACGUCGAGGCGGACUUCGACUCUGAUUCGGACUAGUCUUCUAAGGAGGUUGUUGUUUGU